AUGGUCAAGAGGAAGUUAGGGGCCUUGGAAAAGGUCGAGGCCGAUUUGCCCAAUCUCCAACAUAAAAUCCGCAGAGAUCCGAAGUCGUAUAUCGAAGAUUUCCGCGCCCAGCACUACCAGUAUGAGAGUCACCGGGAGAUUUUCAUGGCAGCGCCCUCGUCCGCUACGGAUACUGGUCUCAUCUCGUUACGUGAACUGAUCGACUUCAUUGCUCAUGUGGCCGACUGCUACCCCGACAUAACGAAGGACUUCAGUCAGCAGCUCAUUGACAUGCUGUCGCAGCACCACCAGGUCCUCGAGCCCGAGCUGCGGGAGAAAAUAGUGGGAAGUCUUGUGCUGUUAAGGAAGAAAGAUCUGCUCGAUUCUGCGACGUUGCUUCAGACUCUGUUCCCGAUUCUUAUUUCGACACCGAGCAAGACGCUGCGCGCAUUGAUUUUCCAAAAGAUAUUGAUGGAUCUCCGGUCGUCAAAUGCGAAAACCACAAACCACAAGCUUAACCGGACUAUGCAGACUGUUUUGUUCAACCUUGUCACAUCGGACCGUACCUCGUCGAAGGGCUUAUGGGCUAUCAAGCUUACGCGCGAGCUCUGGAAGAGACAAAUCUGGACGGAUGCAAAGGCGGUUGAAGUCAUGAAGGAGGCUUCUUUAGCGGAAAACGAGAAAGUGAUUGUUGGCGGAGUCCGCUUUUUCCUAGGUGGAGAUAAGGAGCGUGAGGAGAUGGAAGAGGAGAGCAGUGACGAAGAAGCGAUUGACCUCGGGCGAGUCAAGCACCAAGUCGGAAUCAACAAGAAGACGAAGAAGAAGUCGCGUGCCGUUGAAAAGGCAAAGGCGACUGUCCAACGACGAGAGCGCAAGAAGAACCAGCCUCAUCCUCUGAAUUUCUCCGCCCUGCACCUCCUCCACGACCCGCAAGGUUUCGCCGAGUCUCUCUUCUCGAAGCACCUCCAGAGUUCCAGGUCGAAACUGAACCUGGAACAGAAGCUCAUGGUUUUACAGCUCGUGACCCGUCUCGUCGGAUUGCACAAGCUUCAUAUCAUGCACCUCUACUCCUACUUUCAAAAGUAUCUCACGCCUCGUCAACCUUCCGUCACCUCUUUCCUCGCAUCCCUCGCCCAAGCAUCACACGACCUAGUGCCCCCCGAUGACCUGGAGCCGCUGGUCCUCAAAAUCGCAAACGAGUUCGUCUCUGAAGCCUCAGCCUCCGAAGUAGCAACAGCCGGUCUCAACGCCAUUCGAGAGAUUUGUGCGAGGCAGCCGCUCGCUAUGAACGAGACUCUUCUACAAGAUCUUGUCAUGUACCGCAAGAGCAAAGACAAGGGUGUUGUAAUGGGAGCCCGAGGUCUUCUAAGUCUUUACAGAGACAUCAACCCAGAGAUGCUCAAACGGCGUGACCGCGGCAAAGACGCGUCCAUCAGCCUGCAACACGGCGAGAAGAAGGAGAAGCGUUUUGCUGCUCAAGAAGCCGGUGGAAUCGAGGGCAUCGAGCUCCUCGAGGCAUGGAAAGAAGAAGAACGCAAGCGGAAGCGAGCCGAAAAGGGUCUAGCCACCGACGAUGAAGACGACGAGGAAAACGAAGACGAAGACGAGAACGACUGGGCUGCCUGGAACGUCGAAGACGACGAAGACAGCGACGACUCCGGCGGUUGGAUCGACGUGCAAAGCGACGCGGAGAUCGACUUUAGCGACUCCGACGACGAGGGCUCCCGCCCCUCCAAGAAAGCCAAACAAACCGACGAGAAGGCCGACGGCGCCGAAUCCAAGGCUACAUCAACGGAAACCAAACCGGACCUCAAUAAACCCAGCAUCGCAACAACCCGCAUCCUCACCCCCGCCGAUCUCGCGAAGCUCCAGGAACUCCGCCAGGAAGCCGCCGUCAACGCCCUCGUGCCUGGCCCCAAACGCCGCGGCCAGACCUCCGAGAGCCGCCACAAGGAAGAUCCCCUGACCGCCGCGGAGAUCGAGGGUCUUGCUGCGCUGUCCGCUGGCAAGAAAACGCGCGAGGAGCGUAUCGCGCACGCGAGGGAAGGAAAGACAGACCGCUCUGAGCACAAGAGUGUGACUGCCAAGCGCAAGGAGAAGAAGGAGGAGCAGGGCAAGAGUACGACUAACAAGGAGAAGGCCCGCAAGAAGAACUUCCUUAUGACGCUUGGCAAGGCGAAAUCCAAAGGAAAGCGGAGUUUGGUCGAGACUAGGGCUGUUUUGAGGGCUCAUCAGGAGCGCGCGAAGAGGGGAGGUAGAAGGGGAAAUAGGUGA